AUAAAUACGCAACGCGUUCCGUCGAAGGCGAUCGGGGUUGUCGAUCAAGGCGGGCCCGGAGAAGAUCUUUGGCGAGCCUGGCGGUGGAAGGCGAGAAGACAGAGCCGAGCGAAGGAAGUGGUGGGAGGGGCGCGUUGUCAGGCAGUUCUGCUGCAGCAGCUGAGGAGAAAGUAACUUUGCAAAGGCGAGGCGAGGCGAGGCAAGGCAUGGCCGCAGUAAGAAACCCGGGGAUGAUCCGUCUCUGGGGCCAGGCGCGCCGGCUUUGAAGUCUCCCCGAUUUGCAAAAGCGGGGAGAUCGCUGGCGGCUCCCCAAAAAGGAAAGGGGACGCCCGCGGCACAGAACAGCACGGCUGUCCCCCCCCGCCCCCACCCGUCGCAAAAGCGCAGCCUUUUCGCGCACCGCCAGCGUCGGCGGAUCCGGAGAGAGCGAAGGCGCUCCGCUCGAGCGGCGAAGGGAGGAGGCGCUGCGCCGUCGAGGAGCUUCGCCCCCGCCGGCUUUUUCUGCAACCUUCGCCCGGCUCGGACCUCCGGCUCGGCUGUGACCGAGUCGUUCCGUCAAGGGAGAGCCUAGGCUUCCGCCUCUCGGAGUUCGGUCCGACGACAGCAAGGCAGGGAAGGGAAGGGAAGGAGCGCCGAGGAGCGCUCCAAGCCGCUCGGGGAGAAAGCAUGGAGAGCGCGCACAGCCUGACCGCCGAAGAAGUCCUGCGGCGUUUCGGGGUGCGGGAGAGUUGCGGACUCAGCGCCGAGCAGGUCCGACGGCACCGGGAGAAGUACGGCGCCAACGAACUUCCAGCUGAAGAAGGAAAAUCACUUCUGGAGCUAAUAUUGGAGCAGUUUGAAGAUCUCCUAGUACGCAUCCUUCUCUUGGCUGCUUUCGUUUCCUUUAUUCUGGCCUGGUUUGAGAAAGGAGAAGAAACCACCACAGCCUUUGUGGAGCCUGUUGUGAUCAUUAUGAUCCUCAUAGCUAAUGCAGUGGUAGGAGUCUGGCAGGAGAGGAAUGCUGAGAGUGCAAUUGAGGCCCUAAAAGAAUAUGAACCAGAAAUGGGGAAGGUGAUCAGAGCAGACAGGAACGGAGUCCAGCGGAUCCGAGCUCGAGACAUUGUCCCAGGCGAUAUUGUGGAGGUAGCAGUUGGCGACAAAGUGCCUGCUGACAUCCGAAUCAUUGAGAUCAAGUCCACAACACUGAGGGUAGAUCAAUCCAUUCUUACAGGCGAAUCUGUCUCCAUCAUUAAACAUACUGAUCCAAUUCCAGACCCAAGGGCUGUUAACCAAGAUAAAAAGAACAUGCUUUUUUCUGGAACCAACAUCGCUGCAGGCAAAGCUGUUGGUGUUGUCAUCGCCACUGGAGUGUACACAGAGAUUGGGAAAAUCAGGAAUCAGAUGGUGGCCACGGAGCCCGAGAAGACCCCUCUGCAACAGAAGCUGGAUGAGUUCAGCCAGCAGCUUUCCAAGGUUAUCUCCCUUGUCUGCAUUGCAGUCUGGGUCAUCAACAUCAGCCACUUCAGCGACCCCGUGCAUGGUGGCUCCUGGUUUCGCGGUGCCAUUUACUAUUUCAAGAUCGCCGUGGCUUUGGCAGUGGCUGCCAUCCCUGAAGGACUUCCUGCAGUUAUCACCACUUGCCUGGCAUUGGGCACCCGUCGGAUGGCCAAAAAGAAUGCCAUUGUCAGGAGCCUCCCCUCUGUGGAAACCCUAGGAUGCACUUCCGUCAUUUGUUCUGACAAGACAGGCACCCUGACGACCAACCAGAUGUCCGUCUGCAGGAUGUUCAUUGUGGAGAAGAUUGAGGACAGUCACUGCAGCUUGCAUGAGUUCACCAUCACUGGGUCCACCUACACCCCUGAAGGACAAAUCUUAAAGAAUGAUAACCCUGUUAAGUGUGGAGAAUUUGAUGGCUUAGUAGAACUUGCAACCAUUUGUGCCCUUUGCAAUGAUUCCUCGCUGGAUUAUAAUGAGUCCAAGAAAGUUUAUGAAAAGGUGGGCGAAGCGACAGAAACAGCCUUGACCUGCCUUGUGGAGAAGAUGAAUGUUUUCAAUACAGACACUGGUGGUUUUUCCAAAGUAGAAAGAGCCAGUGCCUGCAAUACCGUAAUCAAAAAGCUGAUGAAGAAGGAAUGCACCCUUGAAUUUUCCCGCGACCGCAAGUCCAUGUCUGUGUAUUGCACACCUGUGGCCUCCAGUCACAAUUCCUCGAGCGGCAAGCUCUUCGUCAAGGGUGCUCCGGAAAGUGUCAUUGAGCGCUGCAGUUACGUUCGUGUCGGCAGAAACCACGUCCCUUUGACUUCUUCUGUCAAAGAGAAGAUCCUCUCCAAGAUCCGGGACUGGGGUACCGGCAUCGACACUCUACGCUGUCUCGCCUUGGCCACACGAGACCAUCCUCCUCGGAAAGAGGACAUGCAUCUCGAUGACUCCAGCCAGUUUGUUAACUAUGAAACUAAGUUGACCUUUGUUGGCUGCGUGGGAAUGCUGGACCCUCCUCGGAAGGAAGUGGUGUCAUCUAUCGAAAUGUGCAAGAAAGCGGGCAUCCGUGUCAUCAUGAUCACCGGAGACAACAAAGGAACAGCCGUGGCUAUCUGCCGGAGGAUUGGGAUCUUCUCAGAGAGCGAGGAGGUGACCGACAAAGCCUACACGGGCAGAGAAUUUGACGAUCUCUCACCAGAUGCCCAAAGCAAUGCCUGCCGUUCAGCUCGAUGCUUUGCCCGGGUAGAGCCUGCGCAUAAGUCCAAGAUAGUUGAAUACCUACAGUCAUUCAAUGAAAUCACAGCGAUGACUGGUGACGGAGUAAACGAUGCCCCUGCUUUGAAGAAAGCUGAAAUUGGUAUCGCAAUGGGCUCUGGAACAGCGGUGGCCAAGUCAGCUGCAGAGAUGGUUUUGUCAGAUGAUAAUUUUUCUACCAUUGUGGCUGCUGUGGAGGAAGGCAGAGCUAUUUACAACAACAUGAAGCAGUUCAUCCGCUACCUCAUUUCUUCUAAUGUUGGAGAAGUCGUCUGCAUCUUUUUGACGGCCAUCCUGGGCCUUCCUGAAGCUUUGAUCCCAGUCCAGUUGCUUUGGGUGAAUUUGGUGACUGAUGGUCUGCCAGCUACGGCCCUCGGCUUUAAUCCUCCUGACCUUGACAUCAUGGAUAAAUUGCCCCGGAACCCUAGAGAACCUCUCAUUAGUGGAUGGUUGUUCUUCCGCUACCUUGCAAUUGGAGUUUAUGUUGGGUUUGCAACUGUAGGUGCAGCUACUUGGUGGUUCUUAUACGAUGCUGAAGGACCUCAAGUUACCUUUCAUCAGCUGAGGAACUUCAUGAGAUGCACGGAAGACAACCCCAUCUUCGAAGGCAUCGAUUGUGAAAUCUUCGAAUCCCGUUACCCAACCACCAUGGCACUCUCAGUGCUGGUGACAAUUGAGAUGUGCAACGCACUCAACAGUGUGUCUGAAAACCAGUCGCUACUCAGGAUGCCUCCCUGGCUGAACAUCUGGCUCCUGGGAGCCAUUGUCAUGUCUAUGGCUCUGCAUUUCCUGAUUCUGUACGUGAAGCCAAUGCCCCUGAUCUUUCAGGUGAUCCCACUUAGCUGGUCUCAAUGGGAGACAGUGCUGCAAAUCUCUUUGCCAGUUAUCCUGCUAGAUGAAGGCUUGAAGUAUCUCUCCCGUAAUCAUUUAGAUGGCAAAGAGACCAAGGAAUGACCACAAAAGAAACUCAGUUUCUCCGCAAAAUGAAUCGUAAACUCUUACCUGGGACUGAAGAAAUUGCAUGCUUGAACAUUUCCAAAAGACAUCAAGGAAUGUGCAUGUUUUUGAAGUCUCGGACUUAAUGCGGGUGAAUUGUCAAAAGAAAUGAAAAACUGAUAUUUUUGUUUUGUUUUUAUUUUUACUUUUGUUAUGUAGCUGGGUUUUUUUUUCCUGUAUAUAGUUGUGCAAAUACUGGACAGUUAAAUUAUGGCUGGGGAGGGAGGGUAAAGUUUGCUCUUUAAUGGAGGCAAACCUUUAGAGAUCUGCUUCUGAAGAUUUAAUUCCUCUUUUUUUUUUAAUUCUCUUUUUUUCCAGCACCCUAAGAACUGCAUUUUUCUCUUGAAACAAGCAAUUGUUUGUGAGAUAUUCUAUGGUUCUUGUCAGAAGUAGCCCCCUAUCCUUCACCAACAAGACCCUCUUUGACACAGUCCUGUCAGGUUUUAUAAGAGACAGAAAAUACCACAUGACUUGAGGUAGCCAAUUGGAUUUUUUUGAGAAAUAUGUUUGACCACCUGAUUGGCUACUGUAUAUUCAUCAUAUCUUACUGGAGACUGGCUGCUGAAACCAUGCUUGGCUUUGCGUAGAUGCCUAAAUUCUAGAAUUAGAAGAUGGCUGCAACGCUUGUGCUUGCAGGCUUAUGAGAAAGAGAGUAGAAAAGUUCAAUAUACCCUUAACCAUCUACUUCUGCCUUGUUUUGUGUUUGUGGGAAACUCUUUCUCCCACCAUUUUUUCAUUGUUUUGUUGUAUGGAGGAGGACCUCCAGCUUCUUCUAAACCAGAAAGCUGAAUUCAGUGUGGAAUUAGUGUGGAAAGCUGGUAUUUUGAAAGAAAGAUUUUAGUUUUGCCAUUUCUCACUUAUAUCAAUUCUUUAUUCAUAGAACACCCCCACCCCACCCCUUUGUAUAUAAGGUAUUGUCUGGAGACAUAUCUAUCCACGUUUGUUUGACUGUAGACCAUAAAUAUAUAGAAAGAUGUCUCAUUAGAAGUCAACGCAUUGAUCCGUGUAGCGCAGGUGUGUCCAAUCCGCGGCCCAUAGGCCACACGCAACACUGGACAGAUAGUAAUACAGCCCGAUAAGAUUGUAAACCUUUAACAUUAUUAUGUGAUUUUUAGCAAUAUUUUGUAUACAGUAACUAUAUUACAUGUUUUGUAUGCAGCCCAAGACAAUUCCUCUUCAUUCAGUCGUGGCUCAGGCAAGCCAAAAGGUUGGACACCCAUAAUUUAGCCUAUCUGACUGAGAGCACAAUUUUGUGAGCUAUUGUUUUUCUCACUUGCUGUCCGAAAUCUUUGUAACUGGAGAUAUAGGAGGCUGAAUCUGUGCACUCCUACAAAAAAACUGAACUAUUUUGCCACUGAACUGAGAAGCUACCUUUGGGUAAACUAUUGAUACAUCUUGGCUAGUAUUAGUUUCUGUGUGAACUGUCCAGAGUGGCCUUCAAAGAUAUAAUUGGGGAUGCCAUAAAAUGAGAAUAAUCAUAAUAGUUACUUCCUAACAAAGGGACCCUAUGAUUUAAGCGUCAACCUUUCCUCUGUAUAGUUUAUUCUUAAUAUCCCAAAGGUGCUUUUUUCAAGAGGCAACUGGACUUUCUGGAGUUUUUUUGAAGAUGUUUUGCUUCUCAUUCAAGAAACUUCUUCAGCUCUGGAUGAGAAGUGAAACAUCUUCAAAGAAAAACCAGUUGCCUCUUGAAAAAAGCACCUUUGGGACAACCAUGACCUGGAUGACUGGAGAAUCCCCAUAGACAUUUAUUCUUAAUAGAUCUCUCAAGAAGAAAACCAAGAGUCUUGCACUGAAAAGGGUCCAGAUAAAAUUCAUGAAUGAUAUGGUAAAAGACCAGAGCAAUUCUGUUUCUCCAUAUCCUAAAAGACAUUUAUACAAUUUAGUUCAUGGUUCCUGAAGAUUUAAAGAGUGCAAAUGUCUUUAUUUGGGGCAAGAGUUUGCAUUCUCAUUACUUACUGUAUCAAACCUGCCUGUUUUUCAGACCAGGUACCUAGAAUUCGGAUCUGUGUAAUCCAUAACUCUUACAGAUGUAACGGGAGCUUUGAUGGCAUGGGUACCCAAUUUUAAUUUCUAACCAUGGAUUUCCAUGGAAAGCUUCCACACUUUUAGAAGGUUAUUCUCACAACAGCAGCAAAUGUAGGUAUGUGGAGAAUCAUAAAUGAUGAAUCCCAGCCUUUGGAAAGAAGAAGAGAUUUCAGAAAGGUCCUCUUGAAGGCUGUUUUUGCAAUAUGGCCAAGGGUUUUUUUCCCCCUAGGAAAAAAAAAGGUAGUCCCAUAGUAAUAUUAACGUGAAGUGUGGGUGUCCUACCUGACAACAGGUGGUGUUUUUUUUAAGAACAGUACCUAAGAGCAGAUAAUGAUUAUAGAGGAGAAGGAUAAUUAUUAGAUUUCUCUCUCACCUUUUCUCCAGCAUUACAAAACAGCUUAGAUGAGCUUCUCAAUUUUACUCUGUCAACAAUAGUCCUUUGAAGGGCUGGGCUGAGCUGAGAGAUAAUGAUUGUCCCGAAGUCAAGCUUCCAUGAUUGAGGGGAACUACUCCAGCUUCAUACACUAAUCGUCCAUGUCCCAAAGGUGCUUUUUCAAGAGGCAACUGGACUUUCUUUGUUUUUCCUUGAAGAUGUUUCGCUUCUCAUCCAAAAAGCUUCUUCAGCUUCUUGAAUGAGAAGCGAAACAUCCUCAAGGAAAAACAAAGGAAGUCCAGUUGCCUCUUGAAAAAGCACCUUUGGACAACUAUGACCUGGGUGACUGAGAAUCUCCAUAAAUAUUUUAUCCAGUGUAUGUUGAGUUCACCUCUUUUUUUGCACACAAGAAUUGUUUUUUGAAAUGAGCAUAAUUCUAAAGGCAGGUAACUUUAAAGGAUUCUGAAGGCUUUUUCCCAUUGCUGUUGAAAUGCUUCCCAACCAUAUCCGAGUCAGCAGAAAACAAACAGAAUACUGACUGACUCUCUUGCCUCUUUUUUCCAUCACUGGCAAUCAUCUGCUUUCCUGGAAAAUGAGAGUUGAUAAAGCUUGACGGAUUUUAUAUCCCCAAGUAGGGGAAAAAAUGCAACUUUAGCACCGCUCUAUCUAAGGAUGGCUUAAGAAUGUGUCAUGGGUGCUGGGAAUAAAAUGCUGGCAACAUCAAAGGGACAGGACAUAUUUGUGUAAGCCCCAAACUUCUUUCCUUAUUUGUUUUUCUGCUUCCAAGUACUUACGGCUAUUGGCUGUCAUAUGUUUCAGCGUAUUGAAAUAGAUGCUUCCUAAGGCUACUUAAUAUAUUGAGCUUUAAAGCUAUGUUUGCACUGUGCACUUAAGCCGACUUCAAUCUAUUCUUACUUUGGAUCUAAAAACACCUGGAAAAUAUGACAGAGCAGCAGAGGAAGAAAUUAUCUGCAUGCAGCAGAGCUUCUGUUCCCUGCAUUAUUUGUCUUUGUGUGAUUGGUUUGCUUGCUUGUUUAUUUCUCUGAAGGAGUGACAUUGAGUUUACAUGAGUUUUGUUCCACUUUAUAUGUGCUGUCUGUGUUACUGAAUGGGGAGGAGGCAGUUAACCGUGAAGCCAGCAAAGGCAUCAUAUGAAUCUAGACAUUUGCCGCGCCAACUCAGGGAUCUUUCUCUGGCACUUCCAUGUUUCGUAUGUGGGCAAAGGUUUGGCUUGAAGUAUUUGGAGUUCUAUCAUAAAAGUCCUUCAUAAUUAAUUUUACAUCAUUCCUUUUGAAGGGCAAAAGAAGAUGGCAUAUACAUGGUGUAUGAAGUUUCUGUCUCCUGGCGCUGCUUUUUUUCCCCCUUCUUAAUGGUCUCUCGAACCACGGAGACACAUUUCAAACUUUUCCUAGAAAAGUCUUAAAUUGCUUAUCCAAUCAGUCUUCUUACUAACAGCAGUAAAGCUCCAGGAAGUUAUUUUAACCAAGACAAGUGUGUCUAUUGGGGUGCAGAGUGAUUAAAAAGAAAAAUUAAGUUGGUGGUUAUGAUUGCCUACCUCUGUUUUAUGUGUGUCUACAGAUAUAGGGAGGAUUGAACAUGAUUGUUUAACCGCCAUCUUACUUUUCUUUUCUUUUCUUUUCUUUUUUGAUUCUCCGCUCUUUUUCAGAGGCCCCUGGAGCAAAAGGCAGAAGAACUGUGAAUUAUGCAUAAGUGUGAGGGCAUUUAGUAAUAAAAUAUUUUGGUAGAUGAAGUUUCCUAAUCUCUCUACCUCUUUGUUAAUAAGAAUUAUAUUUCAUGAGAUUUACAUCGGUCAUGCAACAGGAAAUUAAAAGCACAGGCAUGUUUUGUUCAAGACACAGAAGCUCUGCUUCAAAAGGCGAUGCCACCUGUUGAAUAAGCUUCUAUUUCUGUUCCUGAUAUCUUUCUUUUGGUAAUCUUGUUUAUCUUCCAGCUGUUUUAAACCACCUUGUCUGGAGCAGGGAUGACUUCUGUUCCCAAAGGGCCCAUUUCUGUUCAAAUCAAAACUGGAGAAUCUUUCCUGCAAUUCUCUUUGUAUCUCAAGUUCUCAACAUCUUCUCUAAAAACAAGAAAACCUACAGUCCCUGAUGCAAUCCCAAAAUAUGAUACUUAAACCUGUAUCCAAUGUGGACAAAAUGUGAUAUAUUUGUUAUGUUACCAUACGCCUAUAUUCUGGGAAAUAAUGUCUCUUUGUACAUAGGCUGAAUAGGGAUGGAUAAACUUGUCGCUUCUGAUUUCAUUUGGUUUCUUUUUCUUGCUGUAGUAUCAUGUUUAUUUCCUCCCAUUUCAUCCUGAUGAAUAUUUUUAAUUAAAAUUCCAUAAGAACAUUUUUGUACACUUUCUCCCAAUAUGCAUGUUUUUGCACAUAUUUUCUUAAAUUGCUGGACUGCAUCAAAACUUUGGGGAAUGUGCAAAUAUUGACAUUUUUGACAUUAUAGUUUUAUGGGUGGGGAAAGUAUAUACGUAUUAUGUUGUAAAUUGAACAGAUUUUUCUUCCAUUCUUCUGGAAUGCCACUGUCCAUGUGAUCUUUGCAAGAUUAAAUGACCCCUGUUUUCACAAUUCAAGGUUUUUUUUCCCAAAAACAUUUUAGCUAAAAGUUUGACAAAAUCCUGAAAUUGCUAUCCAUUGAAAAGAAAGAGAACCCACAUUUUCAGCUAAUUCACAGAUAUUAUUUAAGAUGAUAAUCCUUUAGAAAUCACACACCACCUUUCUUCCUAAUCACCAGCAUUGUAUAAAAUAAAAUAUUUCCAAGGUAGGGAACUUUGCUAAGUCUUUGGGAAUGUAUAGAUUUGAAUAUACUACUGAGCUGGUUGAGCUGUACAGAAAAAAAAAUCUUGCAUGAAAUGUUGUUAAUGUAUUUAAUAUAUACUUGUAAUCAAGAAGUUUUAAUAUGAAGCUUUGGAGAAAAGAUCACCUUUAUAGAUACAUGUGGUUACAAGAAAGUUUUAAGAAACAGAAAGAAAACAUAUUCUUCACUUUCUAAA